AUGACAGGAUACGAUCCAUACGCCGCUGUGUUCGACGCGUCGUCUUCGUCUCCCUCCUCCUCCCGCCCAUCCACCUCCUCCUCCCAUGGGCCGGUAGCACAAGAAGGGGAGAAAUCCCUGGGGCCUACGCCGCUGCCGCAACAGCCCACACAACAAAGACGCCACCAGUGCCCCCCGCCGCCCUAUUCACCUACCUUCCGCCAGCAUCCCUCACUCCGCACCACGCUCUUCGAGCCCACAUCGUUCGACGAUGGCGUAGUCGUCCGGCGCCUCGAGGGCGAAACUCUGGGCUCCUCCACCACCCCUCCACCUCCCUCUUCACCGACUUCGAUCCGCUCCUUAUCCGCUGCCACCGACCCGAACGUACCACCUGUGUCGCCUACCCGCCGCUCCGUGACCUUCUCCACGUCCGCCGACCAUCCCGCGCGGACCGACAACAACGAGGAUGAAGAGGACAACGACAAGACGACAGCCGUCCACCACAGUCGGCCCGCGUCGCGAUCGCACAGCGUCGAGCGAGGAAUGCAUCAAACCUACCCACCACCACCACCACCACCACCGCCAUUCCCAUCACAAGGCAUGCGCGUGGUGGCGCACGUCGGCGAUGCUGACGACGAAUGCGACGGCCAUUGGAGUGACUUGUCCGACACUGGGAACGGCAGCGACGAUGACGACGACGACCGCCAUGACUGA